GGAAGUAGCAAAUAACUUUUACAGUUGGCUAGCGAUCUAUACAAGUGGAUGUGUUCAAAUAAUUUUUGGAUUGACCCCCCCAAAAAAUAACGUUAUCGUUAGCUAGCCUGCGUCAUUGGAUCAGCCAUGGGAAAGGGUGGUGGUACAUUUGAGAGGCUUCUUGAUAAAGCAACCAGUCAGCUGCUGCUGGAGACAGACUGGGAGUCCAUCCUGCAGAUCUGUGAUCUCAUUCGUCAAGGAGACACACAGGCGAAGUAUGCCAUCGGAGCCAUUAAGAAGAAGCUGAUGGAUAAGAACCCGCAUGUGGCCCUUUAUGGUCUUGAGGUGUUGGAGUCAGUAGUGAAGAACUGUGGUCAGACGGUCCAUGAUGAGGUGGCCUGUAAAACCACCAUGGAGGAACUGAAGGAUCUACUGAAGACGGAGCCCAACGUGAGGAAUAAGAUCCUUUACCUGAUCCAGGCCUGGGCCCACGCCUUCCGCAACGAGCCCAAAUACAAGGUGGUUCAGGACACGUACCAGAUCAUGAAGGUGGAGGGUCACGUGUUUCCAGAGUUCAAGGAGAGUGACGCCAUGUUUGCUGCAGAGAGAGCUCCAGAUUGGGUGGAUGCGGAGGAGUGUCAUCGCUGCCGGGUUCAGUUUGGAGUGAUGACUAGAAAGCACCACUGUAGAGCCUGUGGUCAGAUCUUCUGUGGGAAAUGUUCCUCCAAGUACUCCACCAUCCCCAAGUUUGGCAUCGAGAAGGAAGUGCGUGUGUGUGAGCCCUGCCACGAGCUGCUCAACAACCACCCUUCCCUCUCUCCCCCGCCUAGGAAAGCUGAAGGGGGUAAACCGGUCGGGACAUCCACGUCCGUGACCCCAGGCCUGACAGAGCUGCCCCCAGAGUACCUGACCAGCCCCCUGUCCCAGCAGUCUCAGGUAGUGGUCCAGGAAACAGUGCCUCCCAAACGGGACGAGGCGGCCCUGCAGGAGGAGGAGGAGCUUCAGCUGGCCAUCGCCCUAUCACAGAGCGAGGCUGAGGAGAAGGAGAGGAUGAGACAGAAGAACUCGUACGGGGUCUACCCCAAAGCUGACCCCGCCCCAGUCACCUCCUCAGCCCCGCCCGUCAACUCACUCUACUCCUCUCCUGUGAACUCCUCUGCUCCCUCAGCUGAAGAUGUCGACCCUGAGCUGGCUCGCUACCUGAACAGAACGUACUGGGAGAAGAAACAGGAAGAGGCACGCAAGAGUCCCACCCCGUCUGCCCCUGCCCCCGUACCAUUGGCUACUGAGCCCCUGCCAAUCAGCCAGCCCCAGCCAGUGGAAACGGUCGCACCACUCCCAGCACAAGUCGUCAUGGCCCCGCCUCCAGUCAACAUAGUGGAGCAGCAGUAUCAGAACGGUGAGUCGGAGGAGAACCACGAUGCGUUUCUGAAGGCUCUGCAGAACGCCGUCACCACCUUCCUGAACCGUAUGAAGAGUAACCACAUGCGCGGUCGCAGCAUCACCAACGACAGCGCCGUGCUCUCCCUCUUCCAGUCCAUCAACACCAUGCACCCCCAGCUACUGGACAUCCUCAAUCAGCUGGACGAGAAGAGACUGUAUUACGAGGGUCUGCAGGACAAGCUGGCCCAGGUGCGUGAUGCGAGAGCCGCUCUGAACGCCCUACGAGACGAGCACCGAGAGAAGCUGCGUCGUGCUGCCGAGGAGGCAGAGAGACAGAGACAGAUCCAGCUGGCCCAGAAACUAGAGAUCAUGAGACAGAAGAAACAGGAGUACCUAGAGAUGCAGCGUCAGCUGGCCAUCCAGCGGCUCCAGGAGCAGGAGAAGGAGAGACAGAUGAGGCUGGAGCAACAGAAACACACCAUCCAGAUGAGAGCCCAGAUGCCUGCCUUCCCCAUGCCCUACCCACAGAUGCAGUCUUUGCCCCCCAACGUGGCAGGAGGGGUGGUGUACGGGCAGCCGGGGGAACCCCCCAGUUACCCAGGCACCUUUAGCCCCUCAGGGUCAGUGGAGGGGUCGCCCAUGCACAACGUCUACAUGAACCAGCCUGGACCAGGACAGUACCAGGCCAUGCCUCCAGACCCCAACAUGUACAUGUACCAGCCUGCAGGAACCAAUGGGCAGCCUGCACCCCCUGGCCAGGCCCCGCCCACUACUAGCCCCGCCUACUCUAACUACCAGCCCACACCCACACAGGGAUACCAGCAGAACGUGGUGUCCCAGGCCCAGUCUCUGCCCCCCAUGUCCCAGCCUCCCCCCACUAACGGUAUGUCCUACGUGGCCUACCCUCCACCCUACGCCAUGCAGAGUAUGAUGGCAGCCCUACCUGGGCAGGACCCCAACAUGCCCCCACAACAACCCUACAUGCAGGGCCCAGGACAACAGCCCAUGUACCAACAGAUGGCUCCCCCUGGUGGCCCCCAGCAGCAGGUUCAGCAGCAGCAGCCUCCGCAGGUCCAUCCAGGCAGCGAGGCACAGCUCAUCUCCUUCGACUGAUCCAUCCACCUGGCUAGCUCAGCUUAACAUUACCACCUGCUGCUGGCAGGGUUCAACGCACUACACCCUCUCUUCUCCUCUUCUGUCCUCACCUCUCAUCUUCUGUCCUCACCUCUCCUCUUCUGUCCUCACCUCUCUCAUCUUCUGUCCUCACCUCUCUCCUCACCUCUCUCAUCUUCUGUC